AUGUCGAGGAUGAGAACUUCUUACCUGAAACCACCGCUUCCGAAAUCGCCCAUCCGUCUCCGAUCUCGCCAAGUCGUCCUCUCCAACUCUUCAUCCCUGCUCACACCACCAGGUCUGACGAAUUUUCAGAAGCCGGGACGGCGAUUGAGCGAUACAGAUCUGGAACCGAAACUCCCGGUGGAUUACACCUCAAUCUCAAGCGAGAUACACGCGUUGGCGAAGAUGGUGGAGAAAGAGUUCGCCGAGGAAGAGAAAGAGGAGAUCAAAACGAGAGCUGUGGGUACGAAUCUGGAGAAUCUGGCAACAAACUCUGUUCCGGUAUUCGAGAGAGGGAGGUUCUACGAGGAGUACUCGGCGAGGAGGAACGAGCGAUUGAGGAGGAAGAAAGGAGGAGAAGAUGCUGGUGCAGAGGGAGGAGUGGUGAAAGGAACUCCUUACAAUCUCGGAGUCUACCAUGAACCCAUGAUGACCACCAAGAGAAGAGGAACGGUGAAGAAGAAGACUGUCUCCAUGGUUGAGGCAACGCCGAGGUAUUCUCUGAGGAGCAUGACCAAGGAGAACCGGAAGCCACCGCCGAUUCCUUUGAAUGCGGCUCUAAGCGCAAUGAAAACUGCGAGUGCUAGAAGAGGUAGGAGAAUCUGA